CCGUUACCCCACAAUGUCGGUACGGUAUAAAUGUUAUCUCACCUCCAAAGUAAAGUAGCAGUUCAGAUAAUGCUAAACAGCUUCCCUUCUUUUUCUUCAAGAAAGUUGUCUCUCAGCUCCUCGCUUUCCUUCAACUAGCCUGGCAUGGGGAAGCUCUGGGUUGAAGUGUGCUUGAUAUCCGCCCGAGGGCUUAGGCGUUCGUCUUCGUUGUGGAAGCUCCAGUGGUAUGCUGUUGGGUGGACUAAUCCGAAUAACAAGUACUGCACCAAGAUCGAUGCCUCUGGAAAUGAGAAUCCGGUGUGGAGAACCAAGUUUGCUACCUUGAUUGAGGGCUCGGAGGCGGACUUGCAGGAUCUGGCUCUGCAGGUUGAGGUGUACAGCAGAGAGCCUAUCUUCCUCCGGGAAAAGCUUCAGGGGACGGCAACUAUUGUCCUGAGAGAGUUUCUGGCUAAGCAUAACAAGAACUCUGAGGCUCCGAGGCAUGGAGCUGAAGAAGUUGGGAGCUACCAGUUGCGGAAAAAGAAUUCCAACAAACCUCAAGGGUUCGUCGAUGUCUCAAUACGUAUUUCUGAGGAUAUGGAAGCUCGAACCUCGUACACAGGCAGUGAAGGAGGACCUAUGGAUAACAGCAUUACUAUCACCUUUGCUACCGGAGACGGAUCUGCACCAGCGAUACGACCUGUAGCUCGACAACAAAGGCCGGAAGAUCAAUUCCGUAUCAACUCCCUAAAUGCACAACCAAUGCCUUUCCUUCCAAACUAUUCCAAUCCAUCUGCAGUCGGACCAAGCUACCCACCAGCCAGCGCAACAAGUUACCCGCCGGCAGGCAGACCAAACUACCUGCCAGCAAACAGACCAAGCUACCCCCCAGCAGGGGGGCCAAGCUACCCACCAGCAGGCGGGCCGAGCUAUCAGCCGCCUAGAACUCCAUCACCGCCUCCCCCACCUUCUAAUGUUGGCUACAUACCUACUUUUAUCCCGAGAACAGAUCGAAUGCAGGAGACGUAUAUCAACAUGCCAUCAUCUGGAGCACCGCCUGGUCGUAGAGGAGCAGCUGGUGUUGGAAUGGGAAUCGGUGCUGGAGCGCUGGCGGCAGGUGCUGUGAUCUUUGGUGAUGACUUCAUGUCAGGAUUCGAUGUUCCUUCUGGCUUACAGGAUGCUAGUCUUACCAUAUCAACUGAUCCUCCUUUCUGACCAUGUUUGUAAUUAGCGUCAGCUUAUGAAAUGAAAAUCUGUUGGUUGCUUUUUAAUUACAACUAUUAAACAUCCAAACAGAGAUUUGUAAUGGAAAGGGUUUUACAGAUAUUGUAAUUAUUCUUCAAUAUACAAGUAUUUCCCAUA